AGCUGAGGAUGAAGCGGAGAGCAUCAGACAGAGGAGCUGGGGAAACGUCUGCUCGGGCAAAGGCUCUUGAUAGCAUUUCUGGGAAUAAUGCAAAGAGAGCUGGGCCAUUUAUCUUAGGUCCUCGAUUAGGUAACUCACCAGUGCCCAGCAUUGUCCAGUGUUUGGCAAGGAAAGAUGGGACAGAUGACUUCUAUCAGCUAAAGAUUCUGACCCUCGAAGAAAGGGGGGAACAAGGCCUAGAGACCCAAGAGGAAAGGCAAGGCAAGAUGCUGUUACACACGGAGUAUUCUCUGCUUUCCCUUCUCCACACUCAGGAUGGCGUAGUUCACCACCAUGGGCUCUUCCAGGACCGAGCUUGUGAAAUUGUUGAGGAUGCGGAAUCUACUCGGAUGGUCAAGAAAAUGAAAAAACGUAUCUGUCUAGUCCUGGACUGCCUUUGUGCACAUGACUUCAGUGACAAGACUGCAGAUCUAAUCAACCUCCAGCAUUAUGUCAUAAAGGAAAAGCGACUCAGUGAAAGGGAGACGGUAGUUAUAUUCUAUGAUGUAGUCCGAGUGGUGGAAGCCUUGCAUAAGAAAAAUAUUGUGCACAGAGACCUGAAACUUGGCAAUAUGGUGCUAAACAAAAGAACCCACAGGAUAACCAUCACCAACUUCUGUCUUGGAAAGCACCUUGUGAGUGAGGAUGACUUGCUGAAGGAUCAGAGGGGGAGCCCAGCAUACAUCAGUCCAGAUGUGCUCAGUGGCCGUCCCUACCGAGGGAAGCCCAGCGACAUGUGGGCACUGGGAGUGGUGCUCUUCACCAUGCUGUACGGGCAGUUCCCCUUCUAUGACAGCAUCCCUCAGGAGCUCUUCCGGAAGAUCAAAGCUGCUGAGUACACAAUCCCAGAGGAUGGCCGGGUUUCUGAGAAUACCGUGUGUCUCAUCCGAAAGCUGCUAGUCCUUGAUCCCCAGCAGCGCCUGGCAGCUCCGGAGGUGCUAGAAUCUCUUAGUGCCAUCAUCGCCUCUUGGCAGUCUGUGUCUUCACUCAGUGGACCUCUGCAAGUGGUUCCAGAUAUCGAUGACCAGAUGAACAGCUCAGACAGCUCCCAGGAGGCCAAGGUGACAGAGGAGUGUUCCCAAUAUGAGUUUGAGAAGUACAUGCGGCAGCAGCUGCUCCUGGCAGAGGAGAAGAGCACCCUGCAUGAGGCCAGAAGCUUCCUGCAGAAGCGGCAGUUUGGGAGCGUGCCCCCCGUGCGGCGGCUGGGCCGGGACGCCCAGCCCAUGAACCCCCUGGAUGCCGCCAUCCUGGCGCAGCGCUACCUCCGGAAAUAGCAAGGGAUGCUGCCCGUCCUCCAGCAACAGCAAUAGCUCCCCCUGCCCCUGCCCCCAGGGCCCCCCAGGGCCCAGCAGGUGACCUCAGCUCUCCCAAGGCACCCCUGGUGGCCACUCGGAGGGAGGCUACUUUCUCCAGAGCAACACACUCUGCUGGUGUCUGGAACAAUCGAUCGGCUGUUUGUUUUUUAAUCUGAAAAGCCUAGACAACUAAUCUGCUUUUAAUCAUGACUUUUUAAUCUACCUCUGUCUUUUUAACCAACCACGCUGUCUCUGGAUUGAGUGCCCCUGGAGAGAGCCCUGGGCCCCCUCUCCUGGCAGGGUGGGCCGGGCAGUGGCUCAGAGGUGCUGCUCGGGGGGGUUUGAAUAAGCUGAGUGGUGGGAGUUUGAGCAACUUCACUGUUUCUUAAAGCCUGUCUCUCCCUCCUUCCUGAGUCCCUCCCCCAUCCUGACUUCCAUAAGCUUCAAGAAACCUUUGCCUCAUCUUAAACCUGGUUCCAAAAUAUUUAUUUUUUUUUUAACUGAAAGGAGCUAGUUUCUUUCCACUUUCUCUGUGGCUUGGCCUGGGCCCCAUUCCCCAAGCUCAGCAGUCACUGGGGGCACAGCCAGUCGUCCGUCUAACCCCACCAGACAUUCAGACCUGCCAGAGGUGAGGGGACUGGUGGAGGGAAGCCACCAGUGCUCAGCACCCCUUCUGCCUCACACUUUGGCUAUUCUCCUAAAGUAUUUUCUUUUUUAAAAGGUCUUUGACAGUCUCUUCCUCUUUCUUCGUAGCUUAUCUGAGGUGCCAUACACUUGCAUUACUUCUGAUUUCACACCUUUACACUCAUCGUGGUACACAGAGAUCUACUAUAUAUAUGACUUACAAUGUGAAAGACAUUCCUCAGAACAGCCAAUUUGAGAUUUUGGCCGGGCGAUGGGGGCAGUCUGCUGUCUCUGCUGUAUGUUUCUCCUUGGUAGCUAGCGUGUGUGCCCGCAUGUGCCCCUGGAGGCGGGGGCCUGGGUCUGGAAUCCCUGGGGAGAGGUCUUGGGGAGGAGGGAGGCCCCGAGCUUAGAAUAGCAUCCAUCCUUCCUUCCCUUUUUGAGCCUCUUGUUGUGAACUGGAUGCCUGUCUUGCCAGAUAUACUGUUGUUGCCCCAAAGCCUCUCCUCUGAUGCUUGCUCAGAGCACUGACCCAUUCUCACCUAAUCCUUUCUGGCCCCAGCAUUGGCACAGUUAACAAGAUGUCUGGGAGGCUGAUACCCAGGGCCAGCCCUCAGCUCUUGCUCAGAUAUCCCCAUUAGGGGGUAGGUUUUUCUCCUCCGUUUUCCCUUUCCCUUUUCCUCCCUCCCCUCCCCCUUCCGUCCAGUGAGAAGACAGCGUCCUGUGGCUGACAGGUCCCUAGCCUAGUUCAUAGUGUCCCCAUUUCUACAGUUGUAAUUUGAAGGGCCCCUAUGAGCUGCCCCUCCCCAGAGGCAGUGCAGAAGGAAGGAGAAUCUGAGGCUGCCCAUGUUUCUCUCCCUUAUCCCUGGUUCCCCCCAUGCUGACUCACUGUGAGUGACCUUGGGCAAGUUACCAAACCUCUUUGUGCCUCAGUUUCCCCAUCUGGAAAAAAUGGGGCCAACUCUUGCCAGCAAGUUAGCAGGGGCUACACCCUUUGUGGGCUGGGCUGGGGAGGGGGCAGCUGGCCCCGAGCCCAGCUGGAGUCUCACUCUCCUGGCCCUUUGUUAGCUUGAUUAGUUGUUUUGGGGAGAGCUCUGUGUCUGUUCCGUGUCCCGGGUUUUCUUCAUGUGUGUGAGCCCUCCCAGCCCACAGACAUCUCGACGUGUCAAGCACUUAACCCCUCAGCACCAAGCAGCGCAGCGCAUUCUGCGUCUGAAAGGCUGCGGGGAGGGGGAGGUCCAGGUUGCCAGCACCAGUGCAGACCCAGCCCAGCACUGGGGAAGGGGGUGCAGGGGGAGGAGUCUUGUUUUUUAUAUUUAUUUUUAAUGAAAAAAGCUCCAAAUGGAGUAGAAUCACAAUCCAUGAGUGCAGUGUCAAGUGGUGGUGGAUGUGGGGUCCCCCCUCCCCUCCUGGAGCAGGGUGGCCUGGCCCAGGAGGCAUCGGAUGGUCCGCAGGCAGGCAGGCUGCCUGUGGCCCCCUCCCCUCUGCCUGCUUCCCCUGCGGCAUCUCCCUCGGUUCUCUUCCUAGGAAAGGUCUGUUUCUUGGUGAUGAGGGGUUUUUUCCCCUCCUUUUCAAAGCAAUAUUCUGGGGACUCUGCAAAGCUGUAUCAUACUGACUCUUCCUGUCCAUGGUCAGUCAGCAGAUGAUGCUCCCAGGUUUAUGUGACAGCAGAGGAGGGAGGGCAGGUCCUGGAGGUGGCCCUGAAGGGCUGCGGACCCCGGGGGCAGGGCCGCACUGGGCACAGGAGAUGGCAAAUGUGUCUGAGCUGCUUGUUUCGGCGUUAGUGAAAUGACAUGCUGAAGAGAAGGCUGUUGUAAAGAAACAAAAUAAAAUGUAAAAGUCACAAAAAAAUUUGUAUAAAGACCUAUUUUUGUACUAUAUCAGAACUAUUCCUGCAUGUCUGCAAUAAAAUUUCCUAAUGUAGAACCACC